UAUUAAAAACAACCGGAACAAUAUAUUGGUGCUGCCCUUCUGCAAGAAAAAAGUUCCAUUACCACGAGUCGUGUCGACGUUGCUUGACUAUCCACAUAUUAAUUGUUAAUUUUCAACACAAGAAAUUUAAAUUUUCUAAAUAAACAUGAGUUCAAGCGUAUGUUACAAAUGCUCCAGACAAGGACACUUUGCUCGUGAAUGCCCACAGGGUGGUGGUGGUGGCGGUGGCGGUGGUGGACGUAACGAUCGUGGUGGACGUGGUGGUGAUCGUGAUGGUGGUGGUGGUUUUGGUAGAGGACGUGAAAAGUGCUUUAAAUGCAAUCAAUCUGGUCAUUUUGCACGUGAAUGUAAAGAAGAUCAAGAUCUUUGCUACCGUUGUAAUGGUGUAGGACACAUUGCAAAAGACUGUCAACAGGGACCUGAAAUGAGCUGUUAUAAUUGCAACAAAACUGGUCACAUUGCUCGUAGUUGUCCAGAAGGUAGCAACGAUCAUGGACGUUUUUCAUCUCAAAGCUGUUACAACUGUAAUAAAACUGGUCAUAUUGCACGUAACUGUACCGAAGGUGGUGGUAAAAUUUGUUACGUUUGUGGCAAAAGUGGUCACAUAAGUCGUGAGUGCGAUCAAGAUGAAAGAAAGUAAACAAGAAGAGAUAAAUUAAAACGAUAAACAAGAAAAAAAUGAAAAAAACAAAUAAAAUAUUUAAAAAACACAAUACAAAUUAAAACAAUAAAUUCUUAUUUGAUUGAAAUUUUUUAAAUAAUAAAAAAAAAAACAAAAUUUCAAUCAGUUUAAUACAAAAUUUAAUUAAUAACAAUAAUAAAUACAAAAAAAAAAAACAUGAAAAAUCAACUCAAAACUGUUGCACGUGACUAUAAUGAUUUUGUAGCCUAGAUAGUAAUGUGCAUACAGUUAAUCGCGUAUUGAAAAAAAAAAAAUUAAUAAAAAACAAAUAAUUGAUAAAUUUUACAAAAUUAAUUAAUUAAAAUAAUAAUAAUAUUAAUGUGAUGGUAAUUUGCAAACCAUCUAGUCGUUUAUAAAUUUUUCUCAUUCCUGUUGGUGCCCUCCGGAUGUAGUUCCGGUUGUGUUUUUUGACCAAACCCUCAAAUUAACACCCUCAUUUUUUUUGUCUAUCAUUCACCUGGUAAUUCAUUAUAUUUCUAAGGCCUCUGAGGUAUUUUUUUUUUUGCUUUUUAAACCCCUCGAAAGUCUGAGAAAUAAAAAAAAAACGAAUCUUUCAAAAAAUACUUCAAUCAAUUUAAAAAAAACAGUUAAAUAAUGUGUGAUUUUUUAAAAAAAAGGUUUUUCAUACUUUUUAUUAUUAAUUAAUAUAUUAUAAAUAUUUUUUUUUUUUUUUUUUCUUGUAAUGGUUUAAGUUUUUAUUGCUGUUACACAUCUCACGUGCGCGUGUGCACACAAAACACGUUUUAGAAUAACUGAUCAUCGAUAGAAAAAUAAUUAUAAUUUAAAAUUUAAUAAUAAAAAAAAAUCAAAGGCGAUUUUCGUACUUGAAAAAUAAAAAAAAAAAACGAUGUUUAAUGUUAAGAUUGAGAGCGAGAGAGAGAGAGAGAGAUAAAGAGCGAAAUAAAAAUAAAUAAAAAAAAAAAAGAGUGAGAGUAAAGGAAGAGAAGAAGAAAAAAAAAUUGACACUGCAAAUAUACACAAGACACUUGAUACGAUGUAAUAAUAUUAUAGAUGAUGGAAAAAAAAAAAAAAAAACGAAUUAAGAUUAAAAGGAUGAAGUAAAA